AUGGGGAAGGUCCUUGUCUUUCUGCUGGUUGCCCUCACAGUGGCCUAUGCGGUGCCUGACCCUCGGGGAAUCAUUAUCCACCUGGAAGACGGCGAGCUCUGCCUGAACAGCCUUCAAUGCAAGAGCAAGUGUUGCCACCGUGACACGGGGCUGAGCCUGGCCCGCUGCGCACCCAAGGCCAGUGAGAACAGCGAGUGCUCUGCCAAGACACUCUAUGGGGUUUACUACAAGUGUCCCUGUGAGCGGGGCCUGACCUGUGAGGUUGACAAGACCAUCGUGGGCUCCAUCACCAAUACCAACUUUGGCUUCUGCCACGAUGCUGGACGCUCCCGGAAGUAA